GCAUAUGGAACUAGAUUUAGAUGUACUGGAGUAGAUAGCUGACAAAUUAUUGACCAGGAAAAAAAACGGGCUUUUUGAUUGGAAUUAUUAGAAUCUAGAUAAUAUAGAUUCUAGAUGUACUAAUAUUAUUAUUAAAAUUAUGAGAAAUCUGUCAACUCAUUGUCUUUGAAAAAUAAGAAGAGCAAUCUUUUAAAAGCCUAAUUAUCGCCACUUUAAACUUUAAGGAAAUAUCCAUAAAACUAAUAACAGGAACCGGAUUAGUUCCAUGGAUAGACUAACACUACUAGAAGGGGGAAAAAAACUGUAGAAUCUAGAUCUAGAUUGUAGAUCUAACUUCUAUUUGGCUUUUACAGUAAUGAGUCACUAGAUCUACUGAGUGCAUCAGUGCUAUUGGAUAGUCCAAAUAGUGAAAAUCCACAGUCCAGUUUGUUGAAUUCUUGACAGUAUUACAUAGGCACCAAUAAAGUCAAAGUAAAUAACAAGAACAGAUUAGAAACAAUGUUACAGUUGGAGAACGAUGCAUUCAAACAAAAUGUAUCAGAUUCUGAGUAUUCUAAGAUAGACUACAAAUGGUCAACGAAAGAACGUGAACAGUUUGCUAUGUUGUUUAGAGAUGCAGUGGAAGGGAAGCCUUUAAAAAUUAUUGUUGAUUCCCAUAAUCUACAUCCAAUUCAUGUUGCUGUUCUUAUCAAGGAACCGAAUAUUGUCAAAAGUAUUUUAGCUUCAAACAUUGGUUCCUUAGAAUUGAAUGCAGUGGAUAAAAAGAAAAGGACUGCUCUUCACUUUGCUGUGGCUAAAGAACAUUUAGAAAUCGUUGAUAUCCUUCUUCGGGCUGGUGCCAAAACUAACAUAUUAGACAGCAAACUGAAUAUGCCCAUUCAUAUAGCAGUAAUUAUGAAAGAUACCAAGGUUCUUGAGCUACUACUAGAGCAUGAAGUAAAUGCCAAUGCUGUUGGUGCUGGAGGCUAUACACCCUUGCAUAUUGCAGCUAGACAUAACAAUGCUAAUGCUGUUUACUUGUUGCUGAAUCAUGGUGCUGAUUUCAGAAGAAGUUUGAAAAAUGGUUCCUACCCAGUGCAUAUAGCAUCCAGAAGUGGAGCUUUUGAAGCAUUGGUUGCAAUUUUUGAGGCUGGUCAGCUCUUUGGUUUUGAUGCUGAAAGCCUGCUAGCCAUGAAGAACAAUGAUCAGCAGACUACAUUCCAUCUGGCAGUGUAUGGCGGAUUUGAAAAAGUUGUUAAGUAUUUGCUAGAUAAGGGAGCAACAGUCAUUGACACCAUGGAUGAUGCAUCCACACCAAUCCACUAUGCAGCAUCCCAGGGUAAACUUGGUAUACUCAGGAUGAUGUAUGACAGUAGGCCACACGAAGUUGAGAUGGGCUUGAAGAUGGUUGAUGCUGCUGGUAGGACUCCUUUACACCUGGCUGCUCGCUUUAAUCACUUUGCGACUGUGACCUACCUUCUAGAUCUGUACGAUAACAUUGAUGUCCCAGACAAAAUGUAUAAAACACCUCUGCUAAUGGCAGCAGCCAAUGGAGCAAUAGAGACUUUAGUUUUGCUGAUAAGGGCUGGUGCUUUUACAACUGCUAAAGAUAUAAAGAAACGAAAUUUUGUUCACUAUCUUGUUGCGACCAACAUUAAUUUGAAUAAAAUUACCCAGGUGCUAAAGAACCUCACAACAAUAAAGCUGUUAGUGGAUGAUAAGGACAUUUUUGGAUUUACGCCAUUGCAUUACGCAGCAACGCAGGGCAACCUCAGUGCUCUCAGAAUACUAUUGCAACUAGGUGCUGAUGUGUUUGAGAAAGACAGACAGAUGCUAACUGCAUUCCAUUUAGCAAUUAUAGCUGGUGAGUAUCCAAUAUUUUUAACUUUGAUGCAAAGCCAAAAAGGAAAUAUGCUGAGAGAAGAAUGUGGCAAAAAUGGCCUAACUCCUAUUCAUUUAGCUGCUCAGUUUGGCCAAGUCAAUAUUUUGAAAGCAUUAAUGAAAAGAGGAAGUCAUUGUGAAAGAGAUAUAGACAAUAAUACUCCUCUUCAUUUGGCGUCAGCAGCAGGACAGUUGAGUUGUAUCACUUAUCUACUAUCUGUACAUCCUGAUCUGAUUGAUUGCUGCAAUGAUGCUGGGGACACUGCCUUACAUAUAGCUGCAAGAUGUGGGCAUGCCCAGGUUGUUCUAGUGCUUCUAUCUGCUAAUGCUCAAUUCUUUUACAACCAACUCGGGAAAUGUUUCUAUGAUGAUGUGACAACAUAUGAUAAAUCAGCUGUAGCCAGGGCCUUCAUAGAACAUGAGCGAUGGCAAGAAUGUCUGAGAUUCCCUUCUGAAGUGCAUGGCUUAUUGUCAUUCCUACUCAUUGCACAUUUCCCCAGAGUUUUCAAGACAGUAUUAAAUAAAUGUGUUACUCACUCUGAGUUGAAUCCAAAGAGCUUGAAUUAUUGUAUUAUAUACAAUUUUAGAUUUUUGAGAGUGAACAAAGAUUACAAAAAAUUUACUGAAAAUUCCAACUUAGGCUAUUCUCCCUUGCUGCCACUACAGACGAUGCUGAAGUACAAAAGAGUAGAACUGUUGUUACAUCCACUGACUGUCAGCUUCUUACGGAUGAAAUGGAUCAGGUAUGGUUUCCUUAUCAAGUCAGUCAAUUUGGUGCUCUACUUCCUGUUUUUGACUUUCAUGACCAGUUUUGUCGCCAGGAACCUGCAUAGUUACAAACAUUACCAUGGCCUUAUAAAUGGAUCUCUUCCAUAUAACUCUGAGGAGCACUUCAAAAAAAUUUUUCAAAGAAAGCUUCCUUCCUAUGGACAAGAGGUUAAUGACACUCUAGUUGAGAAGCAAGCACCAUUCCAGUGGAGCAGCAACUGGUUUCCUCCUGAAGCUCAUAUUGAGUUUCAUGAACGUUAUCAGCUUAGUUUUAUAUUCCUGUUCAGCACGGUUCAAACAUUAAAAGUCAUUAUAUACUUAAUGAAAAAGCUGAGGGAAAGAAUCUUUAUGGAUUUUAAUAUAGCCAUAGAGCUUGUCCUCUACAUCUGCUGCCUGUACUUUUCUUUGACCUUCCUAUUAGGGUAUGCAAUUCAUACUCAAUGGGAAGCAAUUGCUAUUGCUGUGUUACUAACUUGGCUGAAUGGACUUUUCCAGCUAACCAGUAUUGAUUUCUUUGGAGUCUACAUUCUGAUGUUUAUUGAAGCAGUGAAGAUCUUUUUUAAAGUUUCCCUCAUAUUUUGUAUGCUGAUCACUGCAUUUGGCCUGUCUUUUUAUGUCUUGUUAAAUAAUGAGCCUCUGCAAUCUCAUUUGUACCCGUUCCAGUCCAUUAUGUUUACUUUCAUUCAGAUCUUUAAGAAAGAUUUCUUGAUUCUUUUGAAUGAAGGCUAUCAAGAUGGCUCACCUGAUACAGCACAUUUUGGGAAUGUCACAUUUGUUGUGUUGUUUGUUUUUGUGCUUUUCUUACCUUUUAUGUUGUUGAACUUGAUGAUUGGAUUAGCUGUUGGAGACAUUUCCUCUGCCAGUCGUGAUGCAGAAGAGAAAAGAGUGGAAUAUCAGGUCCAGUUUUUAGCUAAAGUAGACUCAAUGCUUUCUUUUUUAUCCAACAUUGUUGGGGAGAAAGUGUUCAUCUUUACCAAUCGCCUUGGCUUUGUUGAGAAAUAUGUUUUUACGUUUACUUCAGAACUAAAAGACAGUGAUCCUGAUUUUAAAAGAGAGUUGCAAGCAAUUGAAAAGAGAAUAUUACAGGGUUUGUCUUUAUACUACAAGUGCCCUGUAAGCCUGUUGAGACCUAUGAUGACUAGUUAUGUUCUUCCAAAAUAAGAAACAAUAAAUGUGUUGACCACACUAAAGCCUUGUUAAUAUCAUACAUGUUUUAUUUUAAAUGGCUCGUUUUAUUUAUGAUGACUUCAUUUUAUUCAAAAUUACUCAUGUCUGUUUAAAAUGACUCAUUUCUAUUUGUGAAGACUUGAUUUUAUUUAUGAUUACUAGUUUCUAUUUAAAAUGACUAGUUUCUAGUUAUGAUGAUUUGAUUUUAUUAAAGAUUACUUGUUUCUAUUUAAGAUAGGUGUACUGUACUGUACUUGAGAGAAUAAAUAAUGA